AUUCCUGACAUUCCUAAGUUCCCUAGGCCCAGGUACCCUCCUGGUCCAGAGGAGUGGCUUGUCUUGCUGCUGCUCCCCUCCCCCAGGUUCACUGGUAGAGGGAGCUAGGCCACUCCUAUACCCUGAGUCACAGCGGGCUAGUAGGGCUGCUCACGAAGCUGGAGCUGUUCUAAAACCUGAGAGCCAAGGCAGGCUGCUUAAUCGGAUUACCUGAGGCCUGAAGCUUGGGCUGGGCCUUGGGCAGAGUGAGGAGCAGGGUGCCCUCACAACAGCUGGGACCUAGGUGUCGAGCCCUUUUACCUCCUGGUUCUCUGCUCUGGAUCCAGGCUUUUUCUCCAGCAUCCACAUCACUGACCUUUCAGCCCCAGGGAGUUGUUCUGGAGUUCCUGGCUCCCUGUCUCCUGACUUGAGGUUUGGAGAUAAAAUGUACCAUAAUCCAGUGGUUCAGUGGUGGUGGAGAAACCUAGGUUUAGGGGCUAGAGUUGGGAGGGUUUCAGUUUUCUCACCUGGAGAGAGAGUUUGAAUCACCACCCAAGCACCUGCUGGGAUGACUCAGGAAACAAAAAUGGCCUACCUCUCAGACUGCCUGACUUUCUUGCCCCAGGGGCUGGUUGGGGGUUUGAGGAGCAAUAGGCACAAGAAAAGGGUGGUGGGGUGACGAGUGGGGGGGUGGGGUGAGUCCAAGUUCCUCCUAGCACAGCUCUGACCCUGAGAGCUUUUGAUCACCCUGUGCUUGAUCCCAUCGUGCAAAGGAAUUGACUUUAAAUUACCAAAGCUUAAGAAGGGAGGGGAAGAUGUUCUCAGCUACUGGGGCUGGAAGGCCUGACAUCUGGGUGUUGGGUGGGGAGGGGGCGUGGUGCCCUGAGGAGGUGUGUUGGGGGCUGGGAAGAACAGGACACCUGGGUUUGCCUAAGGGAGGGGUGAUGUUGGUGCCCUUAAGGAGGCGCGGUCUGCUGGGAGGGAAUGGGGAGGAGUCAGUCGUUAAAAGCUGUUCCUGGGUUUGGCUGAGCCACCAGACACAGACACAGGCCAGGUGAGAGGGCUGUGGCACCUGGGCUGCGCCGCCUGGCAGCUACGGAACUGCAGAGACCCAGAGUGAAGGUUUACUGCUUCCACCAAAGGUCGGCCGGAGGCCAGGAGCGGGUAGGGGAGUGGGACUGGGUCGGGUACCUCCAGGCAACAAGAAAAGGAGAGUACAACCUGUCCAAUACCAGGUACCAGACGGGAUUUCGCACUCCCCAAAGCCAGCCAAAUUGGUUGGGAGCAGGGGCUCCAUUAGGACUCUGAACUUCGGGACGAUAUAUACUUUUUAAGGACACGAGUUUCUCUGGAACAAUUCCAGACCAAGAAGACACUUCCAUUUUAAGGAUACCGGGUUUGGGGAUCAACGUUUCACUUUGGAGGGGAGCGCGUGUGGGACACCCUCUUAAGGCUUUCUCCAAACCGCCAUGGCGCUACCUGGCUCCUCACAGGACCAGGCCUGGAGCUUGGAACCUUCCACUCCCACAGCCCCUAGCUCCUCGUCCUCGGGCUCCCAGGAGCGGGAGAGCGCUGGCAGCCCAGUGGUCUCCGGGGGGCUUCCCUUGGAGAAGGUGAAGCGGCCCAUGAACGCGUUCAUGGUGUGGAGCUCCGCUCAGCGCCGCCAGAUGGCGCAGCAGAACCCAAAGAUGCACAACUCUGAGAUCUCCAAGCGCCUAGGCGCGCAGUGGAAGCUGCUGGGCGAGGACGAGAAGCGGCCCUUCGUUGAAGAGGCUAAGCGGCUCCGGGCCCGGCACUUGCGCGACUACCCCGACUAUAAGUAUCGGCCUCGGCGCAAGACUAAGAGCUCAGGCGCCAGGCCGCCCCACUUUGGACAGGGAAGCAGCAGCGUAGCUGGCGGCGCACCAGUCUGGGGGUCCGUGUACACGACUACCCAGGGGAGCAGAGGCUUUGGGUACCAGCCCCCCAACUACUCGACAGCCUACCUGCCUGGCAGUUACGGCUCUUCCCACUGUAAACCAGAGGCCCCCUCGCCAUGCUCCCUCCCUCCGAAUAACCCCAGGAUCCAAGGGGAGCUGCUCCCCCCCUAUAGCCCCUACCUACCCCCAGGCUCUCCCACUUCGUACAACCCUCCCCUUUCAGGGGCCCCCAUGCCCUUAACCCACCUCUAACCCUCAUGGACAUGGACCUGCCAGGAAGGGUUCCAGCCUCCUUUUUCACCCAGAAACACCCCCCACCCCCCAUUCCCAGGCUGUAAACUCUUCUUUAGAACUGUGAUGGACCACAGUUCAGAGAAGGCCUGCAGUCCCCCCACCACGAAAGCCAGGGGAAGCAACACUACACUUAUAUUUUUUUGUAGGACAAACACAGUUUUGUACGAUUGGA